GCUGCUUCAGCGGCUGUGCAGAGUUCCUCCUUUUCGCUUCCCCUUUCUCCGUGUCCGGAGAAAUUUUCUUUCUUCGGCGGAAACGUAGUUUCCCGAGAAACACUUAGAUCUCGGCUCAGCUUUUUGCCCAGAAAGAGAAGAACUUGCCCUUCUGAUAUGGCGGUUGCCCCGGCAAGAGCUCGUACUGACUAUGACUAUCUCAUCAAGCUCCUUCUCAUCGGCGACAGCGGUGUUGGAAAAAGCUGCUUGCUUCUGCGUUUCUCGGAUGAUACUUUCACCACAAGCUUCAUCACCACAAUUGGGAUCGAUUUCAAGAUAAGAACUGUUGAACUCGAUGGGAAGCGUAUCAAAUUGCAGAUAUGGGACACUGCCGGACAAGAACGUUUUAGAACUAUCACUACAGCGUAUUACAGGGGAGCGAUGGGUAUUCUGCUCGUAUACGACGUGACAGAUGAGUCGUCCUUCAAUAACAUUAGGAACUGGAUGAAGAAUAUUGAGCAGCAUGCUUCGGAUAAUGUCAACAAGAUAUUGGUCGGUAACAAAGCCGAUAUGGAUGAAAGCAAAAGGGCUGUCCCGACAUCAAAGGGCCAAGCAUUGGCUGAUGAGUAUGGAAUCCAAUUCUUUGAGACGAGUGCAAAAACAAACUACAACGUGGAGUCUGUUUUCCUUUCUAUCGCAAGAGACAUAAAACAAAGAUUGACAGAAACCGACUCGAAAGCUGAGCCACAGGCCAUCAAGAUCACUAAACAAGAUGCUGCAAAAGCUGCUUCCUCCUCUUCAACAGCCGAGAAAUCGGCUUGUUGUAGUUACGUUUAAAAGAAUCGACCCGUCUUUUCUCGGGGAACUGGUUUCUCGAUCCCGAUCUCGCUCCCUUGCCCGUCUUUAUACUCGUUCCGUCGUGGUAGAGUUCGAUCCAAAUGUUCUUAUGCUGUUGUUGUCUGGAACCUGUAGGGAUAAGUCAUUUGAUCACUGUGAUUUUUUUAUGUCCUGGAUUGUGAAGGAUCACUGUGUUACUUGUUUCUAGGUGUGGCGGUUUCGGUUCGGUUUUAGAAACUCGAACCGGCACAAACAAAAUAAUAUGUAAUGUAUUUAAUUUAAAUUGAAUCUAAAAUGGUUUUUAUCAAA